UAAAAUUUAGUGUUACCUUUGGCAUGUAAAUUUAAGAUUGCAAUUCCCAUUGGAUUAUUUACAUAUAACGGAUAAAAAGGGUAAGGGUUAGGUUGAAAGGCAACUAAAUAAACGUUUAUGUAUGGAAUCGAAUAUACACUUUACGGUUUCGCCAGCCAGACCAGGGUACCUUCAUGUCACGCAUAAAUGAUCCAAAUUAUGCAGUUUAGCUCAGUUUGUGAAACUUUUCCAAUGCUAAAUGUAUUUACACAGCUACAAGUCUGCCCUCACCUUUUCAGCAUUAGACAUAGUGUAGGAGUCCAAAUAUUAUUAAGAACUGAAGAUAAACUUGGAGCUUGGAGCUUACACCCUCGGGCUCCAACAAAGCUUGCUUGCGUGACAGGGGACCCGAAUUAAUGACUGUUAUUUACCACUGUUAUUAAUGAUUAUGUUAUUGCUGAUACAGUGUUUGGGUUCCCUGUGCUUGCAGGCAGGCGGGGAUGCAGGCUGGGUUACAGAGAGCUUUGUAAACUUUCUUGGUGGGGACUGUAGAGAAAUCCUUCUUCACUCCCCUCUGAUCUUCUCUCGUCCCUGCCUAACCUGUCAAGCCUGUAAGAAGGGAUGCCGCCACAUCGCUUCCCUCUUCGUCAAAGCUGAAGGUGACCCUGCUCGCAGGUAGUAGUUUACAACGUUUUUUGGAGGAAAGGUCCGUUCCAAGUUUAUCCCCAAUCUCUACAAAUAUUUAAACUCUGACAGAAUGCCAAAUCCUGAGCUUGGUAUAUUGGAGCGGCUUAACGCCGGUGAGGUGUUAGUAGGAGAUGGAGGAGUGACUUAUGCUUUGGAAAAGCGUGGAUAUGUGAAAGCAGGACCUUGGACUCCUGAGAGUACAGUGGAGCACCCAGAAGCAGUUCGACAGCUGCAUCGGGAAUUCCAGCGAGCAGGAGCUGAUGUCAUUCAAGCAUUUACAUUCUCGAUGGAUGAUGACUUGGGAAGUGACCAAGCUAAAUAUGGAACCGAGAAAAUAAACCAGGCAGCAUGCGAUCUUGCCAAAGAGGUGGCCAAGGAAGGCGGGGUGUAUCUUGCUGGCUGCAUCAAUCAGACUGCUUUCCUCUAUUCACAAGGUGCUGGAAAAGACGUGGUGAUGAAGAAGUUUAGAGAGCAAAUUGAGAUUUUUCUCCAGAACAAUGUUGAUUUAAUUGUUGCUGAGUUCUUUGCACACGUAGAGGAAGCUGAAUGGGCAGCAGAAGUUUUAAAGUCCACAGGCAAACCAACGGCCAUAACGCUGUGUAUUGGACCUCACGGUGAUAAGAAAAAUGUGUCAGCUGGAGAAUGUGCUGUGAGGCUAGCAAGGGCAGGGGCUGAUAUCAUUGGUGUCAACUGUUGCUUCAGUCCCGACAUCAGUUUACAGACCAUUGGUUUAAUGAAAGAGGCGUUAGACAAGGAAGGACUCAAGCCUCAUCUGAUGAUUCAACCAAUUGGUUAUCACACUCCAGAUAGUAGCGGAGAUGGAUUUCUAUAUUUACCCGAAACCCCGUUUGCUCUGGAGCCUCGUACACUAACUCGUUGGGAUGUGCAUAAGUAUGCUCGGCGGGCCUAUGAUAUGGGAGUGAGGUAUAUCGGAGGCUGCUGUGGCUUUGAGCCAUAUCACAUCCGGGCUGUUGCUGAAGAGCUUGUUCCAGAACGAGGAAGAUUUCCUGCAGCUAGUGAAAAGCACAGUCCCUGGGGAGAGGCACUCAAACACCACGCAGUAGCUGAAGUCCGAGACAGAGCAAAUCGCGCCUACUGGGAGAAUCUAAAACCAGCCAGCGGUCGUCCAUUUUGCCCUUCGUUGAGUGGACCUGGACCACGCAGCCAACUACAAUAGGCCAAGGAACUUUGUACAGUGAACCUUGCGGAUUUUGCAUUAUAGUUGAUUACAUGUAAUGUGGCUUUACUGUAGGUCUUGUAUAUUGUACUUCAUGCAAGUCACUUAUAAAUCAAUCAAGUGUUUUCAGUUCUUCACUCGGUGGAAGGAACAAACGUUAUUGUAUAUAUCACUUUUUUAAAAUGUUAUUUUGGGUCAUUUAUAAAGUUAUCAGUCGCAGACUAGCCUGUUCCAGGCUCUCUCGAGUAAUCACACUAGACAAGCUAUACUGUAAGGAAUUGCUUAGAUAAUAAUGACAAUCGUCCAGGAGUAGAAACAGACUCCCAGACGCCUUAUUAUUUCCUAAUGUGGUAAAGCGAAUCCAAAUUGCUUGCAAAGUUUCACCCCACCGAGUCAUUAAAAAAUCGUUCUUUUUAUCGACACUACGCUUUUCCGAUUUUUUAUUCAAACUAUAAAUAAGUCUUACCGCGCGAUUUAUCAUGCUAAAUUUAGUGAAUAUGAGCAGUGUAACAAGGGUCCGUUGCAAACUCAUAAAAAUAUGCGACCCAAAACCUGCCACUUUUUGCAAAAGAAAUCUUUGUCAGCGUCGUCCACCUGGAAUACAUUUCUUUCUAACAAAUUCGCAUAGUUACUAAAUUUGGCAUGGUAAAUUGAUCUUUGGAUGUGGUGUUUUGUUUAUAUUAUAUCCG